AUGAGAGGAGCAGACGGGACGAGGAUCGCUCUUAUCGCAGAAGAAGAUCUCGCUCGAGAAGCCCUGAGCGUCGAUCAAAAGACUACGAUCGCGACAGGGAGAGGGAUCGCGACCGCGACCGAUACCGCAGGAGAGACAGAUCGGUGGACCGAAGGCAUGACGAUCGUCGACAAGAUGACUACUACAGCUCUUCUUCGCGGCGGGAUCGAUCAAGACGGCGCUCACGUGACCGAGAUGACAGACGGCGCAGUCGCGAUAGAAGUCGUGACCAUCGCUCCCGCAGAGAUGAGCCUCGAGACCGCGACAAGGACCGGGAUCGCGACCGUGACCGAAGACGCAGAGAUGAAUCUACUGAGUCGAGGAAACGAAAGCGAGAAGACAGUAGAGAGCGACCGCCGACACGGGACUCUGCUGCGGCAUCAAGACACGUACGCCUCAAAGCCAUCGACGCCCACAGCAAUUUCUGCCGAGGAGCAGAAGGCGGCCCGGCUAGCUAAGUUAGAGCAGUGGAAGCGGAAACAAGCUGAAGAGCAAGCUAAGAAACAGCAAGAACGAGCAUCGGGUGGUGCUCGCAGCAUCCUCGACGAGAUCGACAAGAAAGCUGCGCUGACACCGGCCGCCAGUCCUCCCAAGUCACCGGCGACACCGGCGACACCAACGACUCCCGAUGUCCCUUCGCCUGCUCCGACUCCAUAUCAAGGCAAAUUUGAUCCGAAAGCCAUUGCGAAGAAGGCACAGGCGACGACAGCUGCGUCUAAGGUUCUGGGAGGCGAUCCUCCUCUGGUCCCCAAAGUUGCUGCAUUGAAGAAGGAACCGCUCAAGCCAAGUCCUGCAGCGACUAAUGGCUCCAGUGGCGGCAAUCUGAAAGCGUCAGGAAAUCUCAGUGGCUUUGGGCUGACAUCGAAGCAGGUGAUGGACACUGAUGUGACGAAGAAAGCCAUAGAUUUCGGCGAUGAUGAUGACAACAAGAAGAAAUUGGAGAAACUGCCUACGUUGCAAGAUGCCAAUCCAACACCCGAUCAAUCCGUGAACGGAGGCGAAAAUGAAGACGGCGAUGAUGAAACAGACCUACAAGAGGGUGACGACGAAGAGGCUAUGGCAGCUGCUCGAGCCGCAGCAGAAGAACGAAGCAAGGCCGAGCGAGGGGAAGAUACUGCCAUGGAGGAAGCGCCACCGAUGCCCGCAGCUGAGCCCGAGGCGCCUGAUGAGGAGGAAGACGUCGACCCUCUUGACGCCUUCAUGCAAGAUCUGGUACCAACUUCAAGGCCCACCUUCAAGUCGCAGAAAGCGAGCAAGAAUAAGCAACAAGAGCCUCAAGCCAUGUUCAACGACGACGAUGAAGUUGGUGGGCUUACUGCCAUGGACGAAGACAACCCAGACAGCAUCAUGGCAAUGGCUGCCGACAAGGUGAAGAAGAAAAAGAAAGAUAUACCUACUGUCAACCACGGUAAGGUCCACUAUGAACCCUUCCGCAGGAACUUUUACUCUGAGCCGAUAGAGAUGGCCGACAUGACAGAAGACGAAGUCGCUGGACUGCGCAUGGAGCUUGACAACAUAAAAGUGCGCGGUCUCGAUGUCCCGAAGCCGGUCCAGAGCUGGGCUCAAUGUGGUCUGGGAGUCCAGUCAUUGGACGUCAUCAAGCACCUCGGCUACGAGGCUCCGGCGAGCAUUCAGUCGCAGGCCAUUCCGGUCAUCAUGUCUGGUCGCGAUAUGAUUGGUGUGGCGAAAACAGGUUCAGGCAAAACCGUCGCUUUCUUGCUUCCUAUGUUCCGACACAUCAAAGACCAGAGAGCGUUGGAGUCUCUCGACGGGCCGAUCGGGCUUGUUCUGAGUCCAACGCGCGAGCUAGCAACACAGAUCCACAGAGACUGUAAGCCUUUCCUGAAAGCGCUAGGCUUGAGAGCAGUAUGCGCAUACGGAGGUGCUCCGAUCAAGGACCAGAUCGCAGACAUGAAGAGGGGCGCAGAAAUCGUGGUCUGCACGCCAGGACGCAUGAUUGAUCUUCUCGCAGCAAACAGCGGUCGUGUAACCAAUCUUAGACGCGUUACAUACGUCGUGUUGGAUGAGGCUGAUCGCAUGUUCGACAUGGGGUUCGAGCCUCAAGUCAUGAAAAUCCUGGCGAACAUUCGGCCUGACAAGCAGACUGUGCUUUUCUCCGCUACAUUCCCGCGACAGAUGGAAGCGCUAGCGCGGAAAACUCUUGCAAAGCCGGUCGAGAUUGUGGUCGGUGGCCGAAGUGUCGUGGCCCCAGAGAUUACACAGAUCGUCGAGGUGCGAGCAGAAGAGCAAAAGUUCAUUCGCCUGUUGGAGCUCCUUGGCAAUCUCUAUGCUGAGGACAAGAACGAAGACGAUCGCGCAUUGAUCUUCGUUGAUCGACAAGACUCUGCCGAUGGCUUGCUCAAGGCGCUGAUGAACAGAGGCUAUCCAUGCAUGUCAAUCCACGGUGGCAAAGACCAGAUCGAUCGCGACUCAACUAUAGCAGAUUUCAAAGCUGGCAUUGUCCCAAUCCUGAUUGCGACAUCAGUGGCUGCACGAGGCCUUGACGUCAAGCAACUCAAGCUAGUUGUGAACUACGAUGCACCAAACCAUCUAGAAGACUACGUCCACCGCGCUGGCCGUACAGGACGAGCAGGCAACACCGGCACAGCAGUCACUUUCCUCACCGAAGAACAAGAACGAUACGCAGUCGACAUCUCCAAAGCCCUCAAACAGUCCGGCCAGCCCAUCCCAGAAGCAGUCCAGAAGCUAGUCGACGCCUUCUCCGACAAGGUCAAAGCCGGCAAAGAGAAAGCCUCCACGGGCGGGUUCGGCGGCAAAGGUCUCGACCGCCUCGAUCAACAACGCGACGCCGAAAAGGCGCGCGAACGCAAGACCUACAAGACCGGCGACGACGAAGAAGAGAAGGAGGACAAAGAAGACGGAGCCACCGCGAAAGUCGGCGACGAAAUUUUCGCCAAAGCCGCUUCGGGCGUCAAAGCUUUCAACGCAGACGCCCCACCCGCGUCUCCUCCAGCCUCAAGCUCAAUUCCCGGUGUUCCCAAGGGCAUUGACCUCGACGGCAAGAUCAUCGUGCACAAGACUGAGCGUCCUGAAGCCGACGCUGGCGGCAAGCCAGGCAAUCGCAUGGACCGCGUUGCCGCGGCUGUGGCAGGCAUCAACCAGAAGCUCUCCAAGGCCGGUGUCAUGCGCUCGGGCGUGCCGAUCGAUAACAAAGGUCCCGACGCAGGCGCCUUCCAUGCCACUCUCGAGAUCAACGACUUCCCGCAGAAGGCCAGGUGGGCUGUCACGAAUCGCACGAAUGUGGCGAAGAUUCUGGAGAGUACCGGCACGAGUAUCACUACCAAGGGUAAUUUCUAUGCUACGGGCAAGGAGCCGGGCCCGACGGAACAGCCGAAGUUGUAUAUUCUGGUGGAAGGUGAUACCGAGGUGGUGGUGCAGGAAGCUAUGCGGGAGCUGAUGCGGCUAUUGAAGGAAGGCACGAUGAGCGCAGCGGAAAAUGAGGGGAGGGCUGCUCCGGGCAGGUACUCUGUGGUUUAG